GGCUUGUUCAGCCAGCCCUGAGCGCUCUGGGCCGGGGCGCUGCCGGGCUGCAGUUUCCAGAGGACCGAGCAGGGAAGCGGACGCGGGCCGCUUCCGGGAGAGCACAGGCCGGACCAGCCCGCCGCGUGUAGCCGCUGUGCGCAGCCUGGAGGCCGGCGCGAUGGGCGCCCACAAGCGAAAGAGCUCGGCGCCGGGCCCGCGGGCGGCGGAGGCCAAGAGAGCCCGCGGCGCGGAGGGGGAAUUCACGGGCACCCAAUUCAAAUCUCUGCUGCGGGACCCCGAGACCGCGAUCAAGGGUUUAGAAAACUUCGUCUCUACAGCUAAAACAUUACCAUCUACUGAACUAUAUGAUGUAGUAGAGGGAUAUAUAAAAAUUUCUGUGGAGUGUGCUGAAAUUUUCAGACUUUUGGAUGGUGAAAGAAGGCCUGAAAGUGAAAUGCUGUUAAUUUUUCAAGCUUUGGAAGCCAUCUUGUUGAGAACAGCAAGUGACCUGUCCCAUUUUUCUGUUGUGGGGAUGAACAUAGUAAAGAAGUUGAUUAAUAGCUAUAUGAAAUUAAUCUAUGCUGCUUUGUAUUCUGAAAGUCACAGGAUGACUCGAGUAUGCCUCACCUUGCUGUCGGCCAUGGUGGCACAGGGGCCAGAUUCUGCAAGGGAUGUCUAUAGCCAUUUUGAUUUUAAUAAUAAAUUCCUGCCUGGAUUAGUGAAGAAAAGAGAUAAGAAGGGGAAACCAGAUGUCCGUAUGGCAUAUAUUCAGUUUGCUCUCUCCUUUUUAAUUGCUGGUGACAACACUAUCCUAGUACAAGUGCUAGAGUUAAAAGAUUUCAUUCCAGAUAUUCUUAGGACUGGAUUAAAGGAAGAUAAAGUUUCUACUAUCAAUCUUCUGUUUUCCACACUGGGAACAAAGGUGGUUCAAAAUAAGAGUAUCAGUAAGACGCAGAAGGUGCGUUUUUUUACUGUGGAAGUGUUAAGUCACAUUGCUUCUCUUUACCGUUGGAAUGGGAUUACCGAUGUCAGCACUGAGGAUGUCAAGAUUACUCAAGAUCCUGAAGAGGCAGGAAAGGUCAUGGUAAGAGAACUGGUUCAUAACUUCUUAAUGGACCUGUGUUGUUCUCUGAAACAUGGCAUUAAUUUCUAUGAUCGAAGCCUUGGCACGUCUGGCAGAGGAGGAAAUUUGGUGCUUCUGCGCUUUCUGCUGAAUUUAAAAACUGCAACAGAGGAUGAGAUGGUUGCUGAUCUUAUGGUGAAUAUUCUUAAAGUGUGCCCAGAUUUACUGAAUAAAUACUUUAAGGAAACCCAAUAUUCCUUCAUUCCCAGACUGAAGUCAACCUGGUUAGACAAUAUCAAAUUGCUAAAAAAGAUCUAUGAGGCUCAACCAGAGAUUUCCACCUCCUUUAAAACUGCAGAGUUUAUUCCACUCCCUAGAUUGCUUUCUAUGGUGAUGGUAACAACAGUUCCUGUGGUGUGCAAUAAAACUAUGUUCACCCAAGGAUUAACGUUACCCAGCAAAACAGUGAAACACACCAUCUUGACCCUUAUAUCAACUAUUUUGAGAAGAGCCCUGAAAAAUAUUGAGCACUGUCUGAAUGAGGAAAUAUGGCAAAAGUCAGAAAUCUACACUCCACUGAUGAUGCAGGAAUUUGUCCAACUGUACAGAGAAGCCCUUAGCAAGCUUUUACCUGACAUGAACAGCAUAGUGGCGGUCUGGCAGUCACUUCUAAAACAAGAGAGAGAACAACAUGAUGGGGAGAGAAGGGAAGACACCAUUUCCACUGAGGAGGAAAUGACUGAGAUCACAGAAACCAAUGAACAGCACGGCUCAGAUGAUGCAGAGACCACUCUUCUGAAAGCUGUGUUACUUCAGGUCAUAUGCCUUUGUCAGAAGGUUGUUCCCCAUUUGGUAGCUCAGAGCAACUUUGAUUUCAGCAAACUGCUAAAAGGUAUUGUCACUGAAAAAGGACUCCGAGAGGAGAUCCCUCCUGUUCUACAGCACCAUAUACUGAAAGUGGCUCUGGAACUGCCGGCAAAUAAAUUUGCCUGGUUCAGAGUACAGGAUGUCUCGGAAACAGAAAAGGUUCGUGGUGAAAGAUCAGUAUUUUAUUUACUGAUGAAAAUGUUUGUAACAAGUAACCAUUCACAACUGAAAACGUCAACAAAACAACUGAUCAUCAAGGUUUUGCAUGACAGUGGAGUAUUUGAGUACACGUGGAAGGAACUCGUACUGUGGCUGGAACACUUGGAUAAUACAAUAGAAGACAAAAAGGAAGCCGUGAUUCAGUUUUUGGAGAGGAUUUUAAUGAAGUUGGUGACAAACCCCUAUCCAUACACGGAUAAAGCCGCAGACCUUGUCCAGGAAGCCAGUAUGCUCCUAGUCAACUUAUUUAAACAAGAUGUGGAUAAUGUUAGCAUACCCAUCUCUCACAUUGAUGAUGUCCUGGAUAUGGUUGAUGUCCUUGUGGAGGGCAGCGAAGGCCUAGAUGAAGAAAUUGGAUUCAGUUUAAAUGAAGACAUGAUUCUACACACCUUUCCAUUCAGUGCUGUUGUCCCUGCAGCGUUAGAAGCCAGGAAUAAGUUGUUGCUUCAGACUGAAAAUGAAAUGGGAGGAAGUAUAGUGGAGUAUCUUGUUGCUGUUUUUACUGAUCUCCUUCACAGUCAGAGAGAUCCCCUGGCCCUCUGUCUGAUGUUUCAGCUCUUCGAUAAAGAACUCCAGUCACUGAAUGCAUCUCAGUAUCCUCAGCUCUACCAGUUUAACCAAUACUAUAGUCUCUGGAUACCACAGCAAGCUAAGGAAACCUUGUUGAAACAAACUGAAUGCAUAAGCAGGGAGCUCAUCCUGCCACCAGAUUCUUCGUUCCCCUCCUUGCUGAAGAUUGCCUUUGAGAGAGGUGGCGCUGUCCUGUUGGAAGAUGGUGUCCAGGCAAAGCUGAGAGAGGCAGCUUCCCAGCUCCAACUUCAGCAGCUUUUGCUAGCAGUCAGGCACGUGCUGCUGUACCUAAAAACCACGGUGGAGAACUUCGGCAGUCUCAGUAAAAGUUCUGGUCCUCGCCUUCUCGGUCUCUACAUGGACCUACUGAGUAGCUUGCUGUGCCGAUGUGAUCAGAUGAAGUUGUGCAACGAGCAGAAACAAGAAGGGGCCCAAACUGAAUCAGAUCUCUUUAUGGAUUUAGAGUCUGUGGCCACAAUGGAGUCUGCAGAUGGCAAGAUACUAGAAGAUAUGCUCAUGUUGAUCUUCAAACAUCCUACACUGGAGACCUGGUUCUUGGCUUUAGAGCAACAUUCUCUUCCCCAACACAACUUAAACCCUGUCAUGGUGAAGCUUUUGUCAGCUCAUGUAAAUAAUGGCAUCCUUCAGUUACUGAAGGUGAGUGCUCCAAUGUUGCAAAAUAUGAAGCACAUAGACAUGCUGUCUAAGUAUUUUGAAGCCAUCACUGAAAGCGUCUUGGAAGAGUUACGUGCUGGAAGAAAAGAAAAGAACCUGGUAUCUCCCAAAAAGUCCCAGCAGCUGGAGGCUCUGCAGCAGUUACAUGUUUAUAUGGAUGCGGCUCAGUUAAAAGAAGUCACGCUGACCAUGCUCCAGCUUCCUGAGGCAAGCCUGACCACUCAAAAAUCUGAAAAUUCCCCUAAAAAAGAGAGAAAUUUAAGCUUCUAUGGGAAGACACUGGUGCAGCUCCUCACAGAAAGCUACCAAAGACAGACCAUUCAAGGAGAGCUACUGUUAUCAACAGAGCACAUUAAAGGGAUGGGAACUCUGCUAUCAACAUCAAACAGUGAGGAUCUGGAAAAAGUCUUCCUGAAUGCUCUCUCUCGAGAGCCCCUGUUUGCCCAUGCGGUUGGUGUAGAUGUACACGUUUACUGCCUUAACCACAUGACUGAAACUUCCCUUGCCAUUGUGGCUUUGCUGAUCCAGCAUUGUAGGACUCAUCUGCUGCAGUUUGAGCUGUGGUGUCUGAAUUGUGCAACUGGAAAGUACCUAAGGAAAAAUAUGGACAUCUUUCUUCCACUCAUCAACGUAUAUUUGCAGAGUAGAGAGCAGUAUGACUUUACACGGCCAUCAAAAGUCUCCUCAGCUGUUGUACCUGUCUUGAAAGUAGCUUUGUGGAAAGAACUGUCCAAAAAAAUUCUAGAUACAGAACCAUCGCAAGAACUCACAGCCGUGAAGUUGCAAGUGUUUUCCAAGCUGGUACAGUCUUCAGAAAUUGAAGCGCUAACUAAUCUAAUUGACCAGUUACCUGGAACUCUUGAGAGAGCAGAAAAUUAUGAGAGUUGGAUUGUGGCAGAUUCCAUAUCGAGAGCGCUGGAGAACUCUGCUGAGGAUUUGCACUCCUGGAAGAAAAGCCUCUUGGCAGCCUGUAUAAAGUGGUUAAUCACCACAUAUAACAUCAGUAAAGACCAAGAAAACAACCAAGGAACAGAGAGUUCCAUGCUGUUGAGACUAGAAGAGUUAUUGAUGGAAGUUAAUGUGAAGAAUUGCAUUGCCAUAUGUUCUUUGUCGUUGUUGCUUUUAGAAAUGUUAACUUCUUUCCUUUCCACAGAGUGUGUAGUGGCAUGCCAUGCAUUUGUGGAAGUGAAUGCUUUGGGCCUCACAGUAGCUGCCCUGAGCAGCUAUGAUUCCAAUAUGCGAGCAGCAGCGUACUAUAUCCUGGGUUCCUUUCGUUCUCACCUGGAAGGAGCUCGCUUUCGAGAGCAGAGACAGCUCCUCUAUCUUAUGGAUGUUGUGCAAAAUGGAAUCAGACAACCGAAUCUCAGGUUUACUUUCUCUUUGACCCUCUUCGUUGCUAGAGUGAUGCAGCAAAUGCUGAAACCAGAGGAGCACAUGUACACAAAGAUAAAUAAAUUCCUUCUGUCGCAUCAGUACUUGGACUUGAAGAAAGUACCGGGAUUUUAUCAGCUUUUCUACAGCUUUGAUUUAGAGCACAAAACAGAACGUGAAUGGGUUCUUGGGCUUCUUGGAGAAGGACUGCGAGAUAAGCACUGCUAUGAGCUGUACAACUAUCAGAGGAUUUUCCAUGUCAUUUUGUGCUUCUUCAACAGUCCACUGUGUGAUGAAGCCUCCCAGAGUCACAUUCUGGAAAUACUGCAAAAUGCUGCACGUAUCACUAAAGCAGCCUAUGAACUGAUACGAGACCAUAGCCUCUUAACCUGGAUAUUGUAUAUUCUGGAGAAAAGGUUUCUGGAAAACAAGGUGCUAACCAGUGUAAUCUCCUUAGUCCAUACUCUGUGGAUAACAAAUUUAGGAAACAAAGGAAGGGCGAUGCCACUUCAAACUCUUUGCAAAAAAGAGCCGCAGGAGAACCAGAAGUUCCUUCCUCUUCAGCUUAUAAAUGAGUUUCUGUAUGUUUUGAUCAUGCUUGUUAAACACAUUCGGACCAACUUGGAUUUUGCCACGCUCACUCAGUUUUUCAGUACGUUCAGUUCUGUGCUAGGAUACCGAGCUACUGUUGUUGAGGCCUUCAGACAAAUGGGCAGAUUUACUGUAAACGAGAGUGUCCUUUCAAACAAAGAUGUCCUAAUGCUCUUGCAUAAGUGGGGCAUCAUUGAAAGAAAUCUGCAGCUCCAAGAAGAUGUGCAAACAACUGCUGAAAAAUAUCAAGUCAAAGAGUUGCUUAAAAAUAUUAAAGAAAAGAACAAAGGUCAAGUCCCAUUUCGGCCUUCAUCUCGCCAUGUUCGGAAAAAGGAUGUGGUAGAAAGAGAAGAAGAAACGGACUCAGAGCUGAAGGUCUCAAACUUAGAGAAAUGCAGAGACCAUCUGGAGUCCAUAUUGGUUCAUUGGGAGCCUGUUUAUCCAGCCCCGUUUGCUAAACUUCCAGAGGAACAGCUUGAAUCUACUGAUCCAGAGAAUGAAACUAUCAGUCUUACAUGUGCAACUGCUUACAUAGUAACCAAAUGGCUAGUGAAGUCCAUGGUUGAUCAUAGCCUCAAUAUACAAAAUGUAUUUUUGACUCUCAAGUGGCUAAACAGUAGCAUUUUGCCACACCCUCCGGUAGUGCGGGAGAUUCUUAGGGAUGCCACACUGAAAAGUAGUGUGUUUAAGCUUUACAACAGAAUCUGUGAAGCCAACGAAGAGAAGUCAUCAAACAUUGAAGAGCUCUGUUUGUUUAAUACAAUUAUGCUUCACUUUCUGGAUGCUCAGGAGUUGACUAACGCCAGUUGUCAUAAGGUGGUGAAAACGUUCUGCCUGUCAGCAAUGAAAGAAAAGGAUGAAAUCAAGAAAGCUUCUUGUGUAUUCCUGGCUUCUGUUUACAUUGGGGACAUUUGGCUUGGCGCACAGGAACCAGAUAUGUUUAUAAGCCAUGUCAAAUUGAUCUGUGGUGGUACAGAUGGUAAAUUAAAUGGUGAUGACAAGAAAAUGCACAAACAAGCGGAAGAAGCCAUGGUGUCUCUUUGCAAAGACAUUUAUUUAGCUAUUUUGGGGCAUUAAUUCUCUAUACUGACUCAUACUCAAAAUGUCAAAUCCUAUGUCAUCACUGCUGGUAACCAUGAAAUCCUCUUUGAAUUGUACUAUGUACAAAUCUAACUUGUUUUCCAUACACUUGUUCAAGCUCAGAAAAAGAGAGCAAGACUUAAAAGAAUUCUGUACACAGAGAAUGUGUAGAAUAUUCAAGCAGUGUUUGUUCUUUCUGUGGCAGACAAGGGCAAGGUGGGAUGCUGGAGCUAUGAUAUAAUUUAUACUGCAAACAUUUUUUACUUUCUAGAAUACUAAAAAGAAAAAUUGCUGAUUACUGCAGUGCCUCCAAACUCAUUUUCAUUUCCCCAUUGGCCAGAGAACACAAGUCCUAGCCAUCAGAACCAAGGAGGUGACAUAACUAUGGCAAAGAUCUAUCUUCUCUCACUUCUGAAGACAUGAGGGUUGGUCUUCUAUGUUCUUAUCUGAGUUCUAACCCCUGCUUUUCCAGAGAGUGGGGAUGAGUGUUUCCGAAGCAAACCCAACUUCUGCAUCAUAGAGAGAGGGAAAAAUGUGAACCUGAGUCUCCUGUGUAACAGUGACAUGCACUAGGUUACUGCUGACUGGGACAGUCUAAAGACUCAGAUUUCAAUAGGAUAAUGAUUGGUCCUUCUGCCUAUUUUCUCAAUAAAAGCACAAUGCUAUGGUACUGCUUCACUUAUGUUAAAUCCAAAGAUUGCUUUCUUCAAAUUAAGGCAAAAAAUAGUAUAAUUGACCAAAACAAGACCUAAAUGAAUUGUUCCUCAUCAAAUAAAAUUGUAUUCUUUUGCACGUUGUCCAUGAAAUCUAAUUAAAGAUUUCUUGAACAAGACCUGGAAGGGGCAAUAUAAUGUACCAUUUCAGAUAUGCAAACAUGCAGAUGCUGCAUUUCAAGCUUUGAAAUAUAAAACAGGGUUUGUUAUAAUGCCUCAUAUGUGCUAUGCAUAGGUACUUUGUACAGAUUUCUAACUGGAAGUAAAGUCCGAUAUACACAGUCCAUUUAAUGUUUAUAGAAUCUGUUUUUAAUACAAGUGUAACAUUUCACAUUCACAUCAUGGUAUGGAAUUAUAUUUUAUAUGUUAAUAUAUUCUGAAAUAUAAUUUAUUUUCUUGUCGUUUUUAUUGAUUAGUAUCAGUCUAUUUGAAGAUGAUUUUUAAAAAAUACAGAAACAUUCUCUUUGCUCGUUCAGUGAAAAUAUAUUUUAUUCCAAAGGGCCCAUCAGGGGUUGUACAGUCACAUAAUUUAGGCCUAAAAUUUGACAACCAUUUAAAAUGAUGUGAAUUUUCAAUUAAAAAAAAAAAAAAGCAUUUUCUUAAAAAAUAAAUAAAUAAUUCACUGUUGCCAAGAAGUAGGAUAUUAAAGCAAUAGCUGCACCCAGCAACCAAGAGCAAACUUUAGUUUCAGACCUUUACGUAUUGAUAACGCAUUGCUGUUGCUUAUACUAGUAGAGAGACACAUUUCAUUUUAAAUGGUAGUUUCAAAAACAUUAACAAGAAGAAAACUCCUUAUGUAAGUGAGCUGACAAGUUAAAAUUAUUAGUCUGGCCUGUGAAGGACAUACAGUUCACAUGGACUUUUAUCGGUGGCGCUUAUCUAAAUCUUCAUUUGGGCACUUUUAAAAAUAAGGAUUGAUUUCCAACUGGUGAGCUGCAAUCUGUUCUACAAAUGUGGUAAUUAGGUACUUUUAAAGGUACAGGUUAAGUGGCCAAAGAUCUUUAAAAGUUCAUAUGAUCUAUUGAAUGAUUUCUUUAUUACUGCCCCACUACAAAGCAUUCUAAGUAAACUGUUUAUGUGGGCACUUAAUUUAACAUUUAAAAAUAUAUAAAAAGACAAAAACAACGAGGAGUGCAGUGGCCCUUAAAGACUAACAGAUUUAU